AAACUGAAAAGCGACCCGAAAGUCCCAAACCAUGAAUAUUGUGGGCCAGCUGGCAGAGACGGUGUUUGUGACGGUGAAGGAGCUGUACCGUGGCCUUAACCCCGCCACUCUCACGGGAGGAAUCGAUGUCAUCGUGGUGCGACAGCCUGAUGGAUCUUUCCAGUGUUCCCCUUUCCACGUCCGUUUUGGCAAGCUUGGAGUGCUGCGGUCCAAGGAGAAAAUUGUUGACAUUGAAAUAAAUGGAGAAGCGGUCGACCUACACAUGAAACUGGGAGACAAUGGAGAAGCUUUUUUUGUGGAACAAAAUGAAAACAUGGAGGUCCCACCCUACCUGUGCACCUCCCCAAUUCUUCUUGAGGGCCCUGAGGAGAUGGAGGAGACCACUGAGGGAUCCGCCAUCAUUGCCCGCAGGAAGAAACGCCGCCGUAAACGCAUUCGCUCUGAUACCCACCUGAGAGACGACGCCAGCUCUUCAUCAGAUGAAAGAGAAAGAGAGAGGGACUGUGAGAGAGAAACUGAUCAUGCUCAUUCAGAGAGUCCUGCUUCAGAGGAGCUUUCCACAUCACUGCAAGUCAGUAAAUCAGUUUAUUACUCGCUGUCUGAGGAGCCAAAUGAGGAGCUGGUAUCCACACAGACCAGAGACACUCAUCCACACUCGGAUGGAGAACCGUCACCUUCAGAAAACAGUGUGUUCUACAGCCGACCAUCUUCUCCUAAGAGCGACUCCGAGCUUCUGGUUAAAUCCCAAGAGUCAUCUGGGCCUCAGAUACAGUGGAACUGGGGAGGUUUUCCCACGCUGUGUCAACCAGAGAAGUCACCAGUGGAAUUGCAGUGCAUCUGUCAUUCGGGCAGUUCUCAUUUUCGCACCAUUGAGAGGCAGGACUCCUUCGACAUGGGCUACGAGCCUGUCAUCAGUUGUGGAAGAGUGGGCAGUGUAACCGUGGUCAAACCACAACCCCGGACUCAAUCCCUUGAUUUAGGAAGCCUCUCCACACGAACCACCCCUUUAUCCAAGGAGAAAAAGUCUCACAUUGCCCACUCUACCCCCAGUGACCUCUUCAAGUCUUGUGCAUCGUCAAUAAAUAUGGACUCAACACCAGCACUCGAAUCCACAACUGAGCAGGAGGAGAAUAGAGACUUGUUAUCUCAUUCAGCUAGCAAUGGCACUGAUUCCCCUACCAGCAAAGAAAACGCAGUAAGUGUUGAACAUGUUAGCACCGUGACUGAUGCAGUUAGCUCUGAAAAUAAAAAUAGUGUGGAAAGUAUGACCAAACCAAACGACGAGAGCGAAGAUUGCACAGCCCCGGAAACAAGUCCAAGUAGAACAGCUUCUUCAUGUCUGCAACAACAGGGUGUCUUAUCUGAGCAAAGUGAACAGGGUUCCACCAGUAGCGCUCCUGUCAGCGAAGGGGACAGUGGAAUAGAUCCCUAUAGUGAGGGAGGGGAAGAGGACAGUGUACCCACAGUGACUGAUGGGUCAGCACCUGAAGUGAAAGAUGUUGGGACUAGCGUGAUGGCUGCGGAGGGGUUAGCAAACUCUUCUGAGGUGUCUUCCAAAGUGGAGCAACAGGACAAGAAAAAAGGUAAACGGAAUCACCAUCUAGGACCGACAGGCAUUUACUUGGAAGAUCUGACCAAACUGGAUCCUGAAGUGGCUGCACUUUACUUCCCCAAAAGUGAGACAGAGAGAGCGUUCCAGCAAGGGGCAGAGCAGGGCUCCUUCUCAGGAAGCCAGUCGCCUCAGUCAGUGGGCAGCGGGGCAAUGGACAGUGGUACAGAGUACCUGUCAGAUUCCACCUCUUACAACAUGGAUGUCAGCAUGUCCCUUUGUGGACAAGAGGGUGACACCAGCCAAAUCACCAAAGAAAAGUUUAUGGAGCACCUUGUGACAUACCAGGAUUUUGCCAACAAUCCAGGAAUCAUUGAGGAUCCAAGUCUUGUCAUCUGCAUAAACUCCAACUAUUACAACUGGGCCGUGGCAGCUCCAAUUGUUUUGUCAAUGACAACUUUCCAGAAAAACCUACCCAAGAGUACAAUCGAGCGGUUGGUUAAGGACAAGAUGCCCAAAAAGUCUGGACGCUGGUGGUUCUCCUGGAGACGAAGAGACAUGGACAGCCAGCAAAAACAGUCAAAGGAAGAGCAGGAUGAGCCAUUGGCCAGUGUUUCUUCGACAGUACAAGCCACAUUGGAUGACAUCGACAGUGACGAAGCAGCAGGGCUUGGCCGAAAAGCCAUUAUUCCUUCAAGUCUGUCAACAGAAACCCUCAAUGCCACUCAGUCCAUCACCCAGAUGUACCGGAAAUCACUGCGUCUGACUUCGAAUCAGAUUGAGCAUCUAAACCUGCGUGAAGGAGCCAACAAGGUGGUGUUCAGUGUCACCACACAAUACCAGGGCACCUGUCGCUGUGAGGCUGCCAUCUACCUGUGGAAGUGGGACGACCGUGUGAUCAUAUCUGACAUAGACGGCACCAUCACCAAGUCUGAUGCUCUGGGUCAUAUUUUACCUCAGUUUGGAAAAGACUGGACACACAAAGGCAUUGCCAAACUCUAUCACAAAAUACACCAAAAUGGCUACAAGUUCUUGUAUUGUUCAGCGCGGGCUAUAGGCAUGGCUGCUAUCACUAAAGACUACCUGCAAUGGGUCAACGACAAAGGCAUUGUCCUCCCUAAAGGCCCUGUACUGCUCGCUCCCAGCAGCCUCUUUUCAGCACUGCACAGAGAGGUGAUUGAGAAGAAGCCGGAGGUGUUUAAAAUCGCCUGUCUCGGUGACAUCAGAGACCUGUUCAACCCACAGAGGCAGCCUUUCUACGCGGCUUUCGGCAACAGGACUAAUGAUGCUUAUGCCUAUAAGCAGGUUGGAGUGCCUGAAACCAAGAUAUUUACUGUCAACCCGAAAGGAGAGCUCAUCCAGGAGAAGACUAAAGGCAACAAGUCCUCGUACUGCCACCUGGGUGAGUUGGUGGAGCAUUUCUUCCCUGUGCUCUCUGUUGAAGGCAGCACUUCCUUGGCUCUUGACUGUCCCGACUACAGCAGCUUCUCCUAUUGGAAGGAGCCUCUGCCAGAAGUGGACCUAGAUGUGCUGCUGUAAACAAACAUCCACCAAACCCCCGUACAUGCAGAUUAAGGCAAGCGCUGUAGUGCCUAUUUAUGAGCCACUGAAUAAACUGGAACAUAACAAGGCAACUGUCCCUUCUUCUGCUGCACUCAAAAGUAGAACCAAAUUAUCUAAUAAUAUGCAUCAAUUCAAAAAUAAGCGUGUAAUCAUUAUGCAAUAUUGGCGAAGACUGUUAACAUAAUAUUUUGCUAUUUGUGUGUGAAAAUCCUUCAAUGAACAUGGCACAACUGGACAAAUAUGCCUUUGGACUGUUUUGAUGUUUAAUUACUGUGUGUACCCAUGUCAUAGUCAUUCCAAAAUAAGAUUUUAAAUACUGUUUUUACUUCAUUAGAUAAGUAGCAAGCGUGAAAAUGCCAAAACGUUGAAAACACUGCUUGAGCUUGUGGCAAUGAUGUGACCAGCUGAAACACGAGGUGAUGAACAGCUACGAGACAAAUCUGUUAUCCUGUAGAUCUCAGAGAGUGUGUGUGUUACUGGCAACAGAAAAUGUCUUUGGAUUCGAGUGGUGUGAAAUGGAAGAAAUCAAUCAUGGUUUGAGAAUGUAUUUAAAAUGGUCUGGAUUGUUUUAGAGUUUGUUUAGCCUGAUCAGUGUUGAGAAUUGUUGGUGCCGGAGUGUUUUCAAAUCACACUUAACUCAGGUGAAUGAAAACUCUUUGGAGCUCUGGAUGGAAAAGCUAGAUUUUUAGUUCUGAGUGAAGGCUGAACACAAAGUUACUUGGUUGUUUAGUGUAAUAGCAUUAUUUUUGUUUUAAUUCUUGAGGACUGAUGAAUCUCAGCAAAUAAUGAUUGUAGAACAUGUUUAACAUCUUCCCUUUACAUAUGACACUACUGAGUUUAAAAUUUUUUGUACACUAUAUGAAUCAGGAAGUGCAUCAGCCUGACAGUCAUUCCAGACUUGUAGACCGACUUUGGAGGUCUUUUGCCUUUGUACCAUAUUAACACUGUUAUAUUUAUUACCUUUGAUCAUCCGGAUGUGUGGAGAUGCAAUAAAGCUGAGGAUUCUUGCUGUUACUUUUCAAACCAAAUGUACAGAAAUAUAAAUUAAUUCAUAACUGCG